GAAAAAAAAACUGCGGUCGCCGGUCUGCGAGUGUUGAGUUUUCCAACGCUAGUCGCCAUUUCUGAUUUCGAUCAUAAAAAUGGCGGAUGGAGGCGUCGAUAUAGAUUUGUACGCUGAUGAUAUUGAAUCGGACUUUAAUAGACAAGAUGAAUUUGGCGGAGAGAAUGUCGACUUGUACGACGACGUAAUUUCUGCACCAACGUUAAAAUCCGAAACUGGAGAUGGAGGUCCAAACUCUGGUCAACAGCAUCCUCCGGAGGACACAAACGGGAACUCAUCAUACCACAGCAACGCUUCAGGCCAUGGGCAUCAUAGCCGCCGCUUUCAGCUUUACGUCGGCAAUCUAACAUGGUGGGCGACCGAUCAAGAUAUUGCUAACGCGAUCGCUGACGUGGGCGUCACAGAUUUCCAGGACGUUAAGUUCUUCGAGAACAGGGCUAAUGGACAGUCGAAAGGAUUCUGCGUUAUAUCUCUGGGAUCUGACCAGGCCAUGAGAUUGGUUAUGGAGCGUUUACCAAAAAAGGAGAUUCAUGGACAGCAUCCAGUGGUGACGAUGCCUAGCAAGCAGGCGUUGAACCAAUUUGAGAGCCAGUCGAAGACACGGUCAACCCCACCGGGCUCCAACCCUGGGAUGAGAGGACCUCAUCCAGGUGGACCACCUGGACCACAUCCUGGAGAAUUUUUUGGAGGAGGACCCAACGGCCCGGGUCCUAAUGGACCGCGAAUGAUGAUGCCGGGCCCCGGACCUCACCAUCAGAUGCGAGGCCCUCCGCCAGGGCCCCACGGGCACGGGCCGCCGCCGCAUCACAUGGGUCACCACCAGGGCCCACCGCCGCACCACAUGUCGCAGCACCAGGGACCACCGCAGCACCAGGGUCCACCGCAACACAGACCACCCAUGCCAUAUAAUGAUAUGCAGCGUCCAGGCGGCCGCGGCGAGUGGGCCGGCCGUGGACCGCACAUGGCGCCCGCGCCCGCGCCGCAGUACGGGCCGCCGCCGCACCAGAUGCCGCCGCACCAGAUGCCGCCGCAGCACGCGCCUCCAGGUCAAGGCAUGCCGCCGCCUCAUCACCAACUGCCGCCGCACCAGCAAGGUCCGCCCCGUGGCCCCGCUCCGUUACAGCAACACCCAGCAGUGGGUCCCGCGCCGCACGUGAACCCGGCCUUCUUCAACCAACAGCCGCCCGUGCAGAGCGCGCCCCCCGUGCAGCAACCUCCCGUGGCGCCCGUGCAGCACCCAGGUCCAGGUGCACCCUACGGACACCCGGGGCACGCUGCUCCGCCGCCGGCGCAGGGGCCGCCGCCACCCGGGCCGAGGGGACCCUAUGGUAGACCACCGCAGUCGUACGAGGCGCGGCCGGCGCUGGCCCCGCACGCGCCGCUCGCGCCGCUGGCCGCCAUCAGCGAGGCCGAGUUCGAGGAGGUCAUGGGCCGCAACCGCACCGUGUCCUCCAGCGCCAUCGCGCGGGCCGUGAGCGACGCGGCCGCCGGCGAGUACGCGUCCGCCAUCGAGACGCUGGUCACCGCCAUCUCGCUCAUCAAGCAGAGCAAGGUGGCUCACGACGACCGCUGCAAGAUCCUGAUAUCGUCACUCCAAGACACGCUGCACGGCGUAGAGACCAAGUCGUACGGCGGCGAACGGCGCCGCUCGCGUUCGCGGGACAGAGACACGCGCCCGCACCACCGCGCCUCGCGCCGCCGAGACCGCUCCACCAGCCGGUACCGCGAGCGGUCGCGCGAGAGGGACCGCGAGCGGGACGAGCGCGACCGUUACUACAGGGACUACCGUGACCGUGAGAGGGAACGAUCCAGGUCUAGAGACAGGGAACGCGCUGAUCAUUACAGAGGACACAGCAGGGAGGAAAGGCCUCGAAAAUCACCAGCAGAAGUGGUACCUGAAGUGGGUGCGGGCGAUGCGAGCACGAAGAGUAGAUCGGCCGCCGCGCCAUACUACGAUGAGCGGUACCGCGAGCGACGUGACCGUGAACCGCUGCCAUCUGACCGCGACCGUGACCGCGACCGUGAACGUGACCGUGAACAUCGCCGCGACGCGAGACACUAACGCUAUCACUCUAAGGCUAAGUUCACAUGGCACACCGCACACUGCCACGUGUUUAACAUUAUUCCAAUAAUUAUAAUGGAAUAUUAUAUUAAAAGGCAUAAAAGGCAUUUAUAUUCUCAAAAUUGAUUGGUUUAGAAUUCUUUUUGAUGUCAUUAAAUAAUUAUUAUAAUAAGAAACCAAUAGAAUACUAAAACGUGACAAUUUAUCCAAAUAUUUACAUACAGUUAGUUCUACUUCAAAUACGAUGUCCCAUUUGACAAAUAAUUUUGAGGUCAUUAUUAAUUAAUAACAAAUUAUUGAUUUUGUUUUACUACUGUAAACGGAAAUUGUUUAUUUAUGCAAUCUAUGUCAUCAUAAUAUUUAUAAUAGACAGUAUAUGAUAACAGGAUAUUAAAAUAUAUAAUAUAUUAUAAUCUAACAAUAUAAUAUCACUUUUUCAAGAUGUUUUUUUUUUGUAUAGACAUUGGAUGGCGCUAAAAUCUUUUAUUGAUUUUUCUUGUAGCGGUUUAUUAGAUAUUACAUAAAAUAACGGAACAUUUUGUUUUGAACACAAUUAGUAAAGAAAUUACACUUUUGAAGCUUUUUAGUAAGUACAUGUCGGCCAUUUUGAGUUAAUAUGUCAGACACUGGUAGUAGUACAUUUCAAAUAUAACCUAUAUAUAUAUAUAUAUCUAGACUAUAUAUAUCUUAAAAAUCGAUAGUAAUUUAUGUACGUUUGGGUUCAAUAGUGUAAUUAUCAGUACCUACUGUGGUUACUUAAUGUAUGUUCAGAAAUAAAUGUGGACUGAGCCUAGAACAAUAUUAUGUACUGACUUAUAUGAAUAAAAUAACAGGAGAAUUGAAUAAUUAUGACAUACUAUUGCUGAUCUUUUAGGCUCGAAACAACAAACAUCUCGUGAAAUAAAAGUUGCCACAAAAAAAUUAUUCAUAAAGGGGUUAAUCCACACAUUUUUAUCCUUAGUGUGUUCUAAAUGCUUCUAUAUUGUUGCGUUAGUAUAUAGCACUAUGUACUGUAUACUAACGCCAAUCUGACAGUAUAUUUUGAAAGUGAAACGUAGUGACUUGCCGUCCUACUGUCGGUUUUAUUGCACGAAGAUCGUAUGUAAUGACCGUUGGAGACUAAAAUGAGGAAUAUAAAAUGAUGACCUCAAAUUGAGAUAUGUUAAUAUUUUAGAACACAACGAGAGACUUAGUUGAAAUGUUUGAUCAUAUUGAUAUGUGAGGGUUCACACCCACAAAGUUUAGUAUUGCAUUUUGUUUUUACGCAGAUCCUAAACAGUUUUUCAGCAUAAAGAUCUUUAGCCCAAGUUACUCCUUAUAAAUGAGCCUACUGCCGUUCAGAUACUAGCAGGAUUUGGUGGCUUACCCGAUGAAAAGUAAUCUGGUUAAUGUGGUUGUAUGUCAUUGAGAUGUGGGUAGGACGAGUUUCUAUAGAACAUUAUUCUAUGUAACUACUGUUUUAUAAAGAAAAUCUAAGUGAGAGUUGUCGUUAGGUGUAAGAUGUAUGUGUCUCAUACUUAGUUUAUCAUUUAGUUUGUAAUUUGGAUUAAAUUGAUAAAAUUCA